CCUUUUCUCAAUGAUUCUAGAAUUAAAAUUUGAAAAAAGUAAAGUUAUAAAUUUUGUUUAAUUAAAGAAAUCUAAUAGGCUAUGGUGGUCAUAAUAGUUCAAUAAUACAAAAUUAUGUAAAGUCCCAUUUUUAAUCAAUAAAUUUCAAGACAUCGUUCAAUUAAAAAUGAUUGAAGAACAAAUUACACUACCCAAAACUUCACCAGUUCUAUCUGUAAAAGAACCUAGUUUACAAUCUCAGAAUGUCCUUCAGUUAUCUACAUCACCAAUUGUGUCAAAUGAAGAUUUAACAAAAUCACUUGUAUCUAGUCCUGUUCGAAAGUCACCAUUAAAUACAUUAUUGGCAUCACCCACUAAAGGUUCUAAUCAUGUAUCUUUAAAAGGUCAAGAAAAUAAGAAAAUUUUGGAAAAUAGAGCCUCGAAAAAGUCAAGCAUUGCUGAAAAUAUAGAUAAAAUAAAAACACAAUCAUUUUCUAAAGAAAAGUUAAAUGACUUGUUUGAUGGUAAUGAUAUAUUGACUAACAUUGUUGACUCACAAACUCCUGGCUUACAAAACAAUAUAAAUAAAAUAGCAAAUAUGAGCAUAACACUAACCAAUGAAGCAAAUUCUUUAAGGGAGUCUAUUAAAACUCUGUCUGAAGAUAUUGUUCGUACAAAACAAGCUUUAAAUAUAGUGAAAGAAGAAAAUGUAGAUUUUCCGUAUCAUCUUUUUCUUGUUGAAAUUAUUAUAAACAAAAUAUUUAUGAAAUGUGAUUGCUUUGAACUAAAUAGUAAUAACCUAGUCAUAACUGCAAGAUUUUUAGGCAAGCCACCAAUAACUUUAUAUGAUCUUUCAUAUGGAAAAAUUGAUGAUUUUAACCACAUAAAUGUAGGAAAGUCAGCAUUGUUCGCGAUGACGUACGAUAAAAUAUGCAGUAUUAAAGAAUUUGAUAUAAAUUUAGAAAUAAUCAAACAACCUCCUUGCUCUAAAUGUGUUACAAAAAUGGCUGAAGCUAAAGUUGACUACACAGAAGAAUUUUUGAAAUUAAGAGAAGAACUAUGUCAGAAAUGGACAGAAGAACAACCAAAUGAUAAUAUUAUGUGCACGACGUCAUCUCCUCUAUCUAAGAAUAUGUUUUAUUUGUCAUGUGGCGAAAUGCAACAUAAAGAUUCCAUUGGUGUUAUUGAAUUAACAACGAGAAUGUCAUUUCUUGGAAAAGAAAUCACUACUGCUUUUAGCACUCAGUCUAAACCUAGAUGCACUUCUGUAUUAAUGAAAGAAGAUAAUGGAAUGACAAUGUAUUCGUGUCAAAAUGUUGAAAUGGAUAGAGAGGGGAGAAUACUUUUAGAUGAAAGUAGUUUAAAUAAAAAGGAAUCACCAAAAAAUGCUCAUGUCUGUGCAAUAUCUGCCAGAUCUGAAAGUCCAGUGUCUGAAUUUUCAAGUAGACCUGGGUCAUUAAAACAGUAUACAAAUUACAAGAACUACAAUAAUUAUAAUACAGACCAAGGAUCCAAGUUUGAUGAAAUAUUUACUAAAAUGAAUGAAAAUGAGUUGAAGAUAAAAGUUCCUAAAACAACUAAGCUACAACGACUUGGAAAGUAUGAUAAAAUCCAAGAACUGUGUACAUGUGAAGAUAAUCAUUACAACACUGGUGAUCAAGUACAAUUUGAAUUACCACAAGAUUUGUGCUAUCCAGAUAAAGCACACAAUACAUAUACAUCAAAUUUGAAAUAUACAUACAAAGGGUGCAACAGAAGCUGUGAAAAUAAGGAGAGAAAAGUUAUUAACGUCACUCCUUCGAAUUGUCCAAUCCCAGUUAACAUGGAAAAACAAAUUUAUAGUCAAAAAGAUGUUUUCAUUCUCAAAAUUGGUAAGAAACUUGAAACGAAAGAUAAGAAAACUGAUUUGGAAAUAGAACUGGUGACUCCUAAAGCUCCGAAUGCUACGCCUAUCGAAAAUAAUCACAUUUCUCAACAAUGCAGUUCAAGUAGUAUAAAAGAAAAAUCAAAGGUAUCUAUAAAAAAGAAAAGCAAAAAAAAAGGAAAGAAGAAGAGUAAAACUAGCUUAGCUAGCAGUGGUAAAGAGAAGGCAAGAGUUGGGAAUAAAAAAUCGAAGAAAAAUAAAAAGUGAAACAAUUGAUUUCAAUAAUAAAGUUACAAAUAGAAAUGUUAAACUUGUUGUAUUUAUUGUUAAAAAUUAGUUUUUUUUAAUAAUGCUGUAUGUAGU